AGGUUCAGAUUCCGGCAUGUCGAACGCGUCAAGUGGAACUUGCUAUACGAGGUUUUUGCUUUUCGGCAUCUGAAUUCGCCUCUUGAAGCCGACGUAAGGGGUGGAGGAUAGCUGGAGUUAAGAUAGCUGGCGAUGGUGGUGUGCAGCGCCAAAAUGUACAUAAAAGACUGGAGGCCGGGCAUCAUCCAUCGUUCAACAUCACAACCAGCUCAUCAUCCACACCCAAUACACCCAAUACACAGACAACCUUUCGCUCAAUCACUCACCAACUCCAUCUGCCAUCAUGAGAUUCUCACUCGCCGCUCUUGCCCUCGCCGCCUUGGCCCAAGCGUCGCCAGUGCCCGAGGUAGAGGAGCACAGCAAGAGAAUCUUCAAGAAGCCCGAACCUGUUCCCUUUGGAUUCACAUCCACCUUCAACAUCAUUGCGACUCCCGACCAGGUCGUCGGUGCAGACAACGUGCCCACCGGCGGUCUGGCCAACUCCAAGGGAAUCUUCAAGUUUGGCCUGAACUCCCACGAGGACAUCAUCUGCUACAACAUCACUCUCCUCGGGUUCCGCGGGAACUACCAGUCUCUCGCCAAGACGUCCACCCAUAUCCACGAAGCCGUUAGGGGCAAGGCGGGCCCACCAAGAAUCGUGUUCCCCAACCCGGUGGGUGACGAGCAACGACGUAACGUAGUGGGCUGCAUGAAGGGUCCCUUCGAGACGGGCAUUCUUGCGAACGGAGUAGACACUGGCUCAGGAUUCACGGUGAAGAAGAUUGAGGCUAACCCGACCGGUUUCUUUGCGGACACGCACUCGAGCCUGGCGGUUCCUGGCGCUGUGCGAGGCCAGCUUGACGGCGGCAACCAGGGGUCUUUCAUUGACAUUUGUAUCAGCAUCUGAGAGGUGGGAAAUUACCGGCUGGGGUGAGAUUGGCCGAAAGGGGGGGAAACAACUCAUGAGGAUUUCCAUGUAAUAAGACGCUGGUUUAAGUGAAUUGCUGGUUCGUUUCGGGUGUCGCGAAGGAUGAUAAUACAACGGAAACUGCCACUUGUAACCACUUUCUCGAUUUGAUGUUGGUGUUGACAAAACUUGUGAAACCAUUAAAUCAUUGAUUAAGCUGCGGCCUUCUUCUUCUUCUUGAGCUUCGCCUUGUUCUUGCUCCGGU